AUGGAGUUUGACAACAUCAACGGCGCUCGACGCAUCAUAAAGAUCUUACAACUUAUGGGCCUUUGGCGCUCGAGCGGUCCAAGGCAAAGGUUGUAUGCCGCCUAUUCUUAUCUUUUACAUUUCACCUUCACCUUUCCAUACACGGUGAUGAUGUGGCUGGAUGUGGCGCAGGCGAAUGAUUUGCAAAAGUUCACUUACAUUAUGUAUAUGUCGUUAACAGAAUUGGCAUUGCUGGCCAAGGUCAUCAAUGUUUGGCUCAAUGCUAGAUUGUUUGUGAACUUUUUUUACACGCUCGCUAAUGAUGUGCUUUUCCGCUUGCGUACUCACGAGGAACGACAGUUUGGGGCGCGUGUGCAUAAAUAUUAUCGUUGGAUUGCAUUUAUGUAUUUUUUCAUGAGUAUCACGCUGGUUACAAUCGCUUUCGUCGGUGUACUUUUCGCUGCAGAAUACGAAUUGCCAUUUCCUUAUGCGCCACCUUUCGAUUGGCAAAAUGAACGCGGCUAUUGGUAUGCGUACUUUUAUGAGUUAGUGGCAAUGCCGGUGACUUGUUUCUCCAAUUGUGCACUGGAUAUGAUUCAAUGUUAUAUGCUGUUGCAUUUGUCGUUGUGUUAUAAAAUGAUUGCCGGACGUUUGGAGGAAAUGGGCAAACAGAGGCAGCAGUUACGUCGAUGGAGCGAGUUCAGUGAGAUGCGACUCUUAGAAGAAUUUGUGGGCAUAGCGAAAUUACAUGAUAAAACAAAGAAAUUAUCAGAAAGUUGUGAGAUCUUCGUUUCAUUUCCCUUCCUUAUACAGAUAAUGUGCUCCUCAUUUGUACUCUGUUUUAGUGCCUACCGACUGCAAAAGGUCAGCAUAUUCGAAAAUCCCUCACAAUUUUGUACACUAAUUUUGGCUGUGAUUGUAAUGACUUUACAAAUUUUCAUACCAUGUUAUUGUGGUAAUGAAAUAAUCUUGAAUUCUGGUGCAUUAAACGAUGCCGUCUACCAUGCUGAAUGGGUACAGUGUAUGCCGAAAAUGCGUAAAUAUCUAAUAAUCUACAUGGAAAUGCUGCAGAAGCCAAUCAAAGUGAAAGCUGGUAAUUUUUUCGAAAUUGGUUUGCCGGUUUUUGUAAAAACUAUGAAUAAUACAUAUAGCUUAAUGGCAUUGCUGCUUAAUAUGAAUAAGUAA